UCGCGCGUCGGCGCUGCCAAUUUCCGGCAGAGACAAGCCCAUGUGGACGAGCAGAGAGCAGAGCGGAUACCACGGCCACGAUCAGUCCGUGAUAAAGCGUGUUCUCAGCGUGUCUGCAAUCGCACGUUCUCACGCGUCGCAGAUCCCUCUGCCCCUCCGGUUGUCCCACGCCACGCCAUCCGGACUCCGUCGCGUCGCCAUGGCAGACCUGGACGAUUUUUUCGCCAAGAAAGACCGAAAGAAGGCCAAGGGCAAGAAAUUCACCACGACCGACGAGGUCGCCAAGAAACUAGAAGAAACGGGUAAACGGAUCGAGAAGCCUAAACCGAAGGAGAAGCCAGCGAAUCCCGAAGGCGAGGAGUCUCAGCACACCGAGGAUGAAGACGAAUGGAAAGAAUUUGAGGAGGAGAAAAAGGAUUAUAGUGGUUUAAAAAUCGGACAUUUAACAAUAAAUGAUAGCGUCGACGCAGAAUCAGAUGAAGAGAGGGGUACCUUUGAAAUCAAUUCUGAUGGCGAGUGCGUCGAGGGUGGCACAAAGUACACGGGACCAUGGAAGAAACCGGAUUUACCACCAGAAACGCCGGAGGUGGUGCCGACACCGCCCGUACCCCCCGUUGCUGCUGCUGCCGCCACCGCCGCCGCCGCCGCUGCCUCCACUGGAAAUAGUUACAAAGCACCACACUUACGAAAUCAACCUACAUUCGCUAGUCCGCGACCGCGAGGGAGAAAUGUCGCACCCGAUAUAAAUAGCGAGGAAUACUUCCCUACAUCCAAGCCUCAGCAAAAUAAUGGCAGCAGCGGUCCAUGGGGCAGACGACGGCGAGAGGAAGGAGCGUUUGAAGAAGUUCGCAACCGAGGUGGCAGUAGAUCGUACAACGUGCCAGAAUCGCAAGCUCAAACACCCAAGCUCUCGCUUGGCAACAAGUACGGCGCCUUGUCGCAAGAUCAGAGCUGAAAACGCCUGGCUCGAUGGAAUCAAACAACAUGCAAUCAAUAUCACAUCGUCGCCCCUCCCUGCUUCGUGGCCCAACCUCAUCGAGAAAAUCUAUUUUCUAGACUAGGACGCAGUGUAUAUUAUAGAACGUGUAUGCACGUACACACGUCCCAACUUUGUGAAAUUCCGAGGAUGGUAAUUCCGGUUCUCUCGUUGGCGAUUCUAAAAUGAUCGCGGGACGGAUCGUCGAUCCUAGGUAUUUGCACACACGUGCGCUCAUGGACAUUGUAACUAAUCGAAAUGAAUAUCGCAUGUGCGCAAGCUUAUUUUCAUACCGUGUAGACAACGUGGUUGGAAAUCAAUUUUUGUAUUUCAUUUUAUAAUCAGCAUAGUGCGUAGUAUGCUGCUUCCAAGAAAGCGCCAGGACGAUAGAAGAAUGGAUUCCGACGUUCGAAUCCUCAAAAAAAAAAAAAAAAGUAUAAAACAACGGCGGACCGGAACAACGUUGUUACCGCGAGUAUAUGUUAUCGUUACGCGCGGAUUGUAGUCUAAA